AUGAAUAGUCGAACUAGAUUAUUGCCUACUGUUUCUAAAUUGUGCUAUUCUGCUAUUCAUACAGAUUUGAAAAAGAAAACAUACCCAAUAGUUAAUAGUGCUCGCAAAUUGAAGCAUUUUCACUAUGGAAAAUUGAAUUCAUUUGAAGAAGGUUUACGUAUACAAGAGAGUUUUGUGCUUCAAAAUCUAGAAAUAAAACGUAAUCAGUCAUUAAUAUCUAGAGCAGUUAAUGAGGAAACUGACAAGAUAGCAGGUCUUUCUCCUGCUGGAGUGGUAAGUCUCAACCCAACAAUUCUGACUUUUGAAUUCGAACCUACAUACACAGGGGGGAAAAGAACUAAGAAAACGAUGACAUCUCAACAGGUGGAAAUUUACGAGAAUUUUAUUCCUAAUUCAGGAAAAUAUAUGAUGAAGCCUAAGUUUGUGCAGGUAGAACGGGGCGGACAAGUUACAUUCCAUGGACCAGGUCAACUUGUUGCAUACUUGAUACUAGAUUUGAAAAGUUUCCACAAUUUCCCGGCGAGAUGUUUGGUGUCAACCCUUGAGUCAGCAAUUAUUAAAACAUUGAGAGAUGUACCAAAAGGUAAAGGGGGGAACCAUCCUUUGAACUUGCAGGCGAUGGUAAACGAAAAUACCGGUGUCUGGGUAAACAAUACACAGAAGAUAGCUAGUAUAGGAAUAAAUGUGAGAAGGUCCAUUACAUCGCAUGGAAUUUCUAUAAACGUGUGUCCCGAAUUGUCUUAUAUGAACAACUUUGAAAUGUGCGGUCUUCCAGAUAGCACUGCCACUUCGAUCUAUCAGCAAGUACCUGAUGCAACGUGCGAUGUCAGUACUAUUGCUAUAACAUUUGUAGAUCAAAUGGCGUCUCUUCUAGGUAUUGAUGAAGUUGAGAGGAUCAAUGUAAACUGA